AUGCUGCACCUCACGGAGCCGCGCCGGGUCCGCGCCGCCGCCGCCGCCGCCGGCCCGGGCCGGGUGUCCUACGCCCUGACGAUCGAAGGGAAGCCGUAUACUGUGCACCUGAAGCAGCAGCUCUUCAUCCCCAGCGAGUUCAGGAUCUACACCUACAACAUACAGGGGUCACUGCUGUCUGAUUUCGCAGCUGUGAAGGCUGACUGCUACUACCAAGGAUACAUUGAAGGUGUCCCGAACUCAGCUGUGACGCUUAGCACCUGCUCCGGGCUCAGAGGGCUGUUGCAAUUUGAGAAUCUCAGCUAUGGGAUUGAGCCGUUGGAUUCCUCAUCUGGAUUUGAGCACCUUGUUUAUCAAAUAAAAAACGGAUCCACCGAAAGGCCACUCUUUGAGAAUGAAUACAUGUUUAGAGAGGGGGAGCAGGUGUCCGGAGAGGUGUCCCGUACCCUGCACAUUGAAUUAGCAGCUGCCAUUAAAUCGGCCAGAUAUCUGGAACUGGCGAUAGUUUUGGACAAGGGUUUGUACAACUACAUGGGGUCAGAUAAGAACGUUGUAACGCAGAAAAUAGUUCAGCUCAUCGGCUUUGUCAAUAGCAUGUUCAGCCGCCUUAAUGUGACAAUUGUUCUGUCUUCCCUGGAGUUCUGGACAGAUUAUAACAAAAUCAUUACAACGGGGGAAGCUAAUGAAUUGCUACAUCGAUUUGUAAAGUGGAAAAACUCCCAUCUUGUUCUGCGGCCCCACGACAUGGCAUAUUUACUUGUGUACAGGGAUCACCCUCGUUAUGUGGGGACGACGUUUGCCGGGAAGAUGUGUGUCAGCAACUAUUCUGGAGCCGUUGCGCUGUACCAAGACGCGGUGACCCUGGAGACCUUUUCCGUCAUUGUUGCCCAGCUGCUGGGGCUGAGUCUGGGCAUGACCUACGACGAUUCGAGGACCUGUCAGUGUUCCGGACCCACCUGCAUCAUGCACAGGAAUGCCAUACUGUUCAGUGGUGUAAAAAGCUUCAGUAGCUGCAGCAUUGGAGACUUUGAAACCUUUAUUACACACAGCGGAGGACACUGCCUUUCUAAUAGGCCGCAUUUGAAUCCGUCCUACAAGAGUCCAACCUGCGGCAACGGUAUUAUAGAAGAUGGAGAGCAAUGUGACUGUGGCUCCUCACAGGAAUGCACACGGAAUAGAUGCUGUACUACGGAGUGUAGAUUAGCAAGAGGUGCGCAGUGUGCUGCUGGGUUAUGCUGCUAUAGCUGUCAGAUAAAAGCAAGGAACAGGAAAUGCAGAGAGAGGGUGGAUAAUCAAUGCGAUCUCCCCGAGUACUGCAACGGGACUUCAGCGUUCUGUCCGGAGGACGUCUUUGUCCAAAACGGGCACAAAUGCGAGCACAACGCCGGCUACUGUUACAAUGGGUAUUGCCAGGCUGCUGACCUCCAGUGCCAGAGAAUCUACGGGAGAGGUUCCAAAAAUGGCCCCGAUGCCUGUUAUGAAGAAGUCAAUAGUCAAACUGAUAGGUUUGGCCACUGCGGAAAUGAUCCAAACAUGGGAUACAAGAGCUGCAGCUGGACGAAUCUCAAGUGCGGGAAGUUAAUUUGUACCUAUCCAAUUCGCGUUCCGUUUAUUCAAGAAAGCACGGCUGUGAUUUACGCUCAAGUGCGUGAGGAUCUGUGCGUGUCUUUAGAUUACAUGCAACCAGCCACAACGAAAGACCCGAUGAUGGUGAAAGAUGGCACGAUGUGUGCUAAUGGCAAGGUAGAGAACUAUGUCAUAAAGGGGUAAAAAGUCAGCCUGUGGACUGCCUGAAUCGGAUGGAUUUUUAGAGGCUUUGACACUGCAGAGUAAACUCUUCCAGUGACUGUAUCCAUGCUGUUGCGUUUGUCACUCACUCCCUCAACGCCCAGGGUCAUUUUUUCCAUACGGCAUAAGCCUAAGUGGUAACUCAGCCCGAGAGAGGUGACCGCGUAGCGGUGUCUCCGGCCACCGCCUUGCUCUGCUUUGGUAACGUCUUUGCAUCUCUGUGCUUGAAUCAUUCUGCUGCUUUGUAAUCCUCGAUAUGACUUGUACCAUAGCAGCAUCAAGUGCCCAAUGUCCCCGUAAAGACGGGUCGCGUGCUGAAAUGCUAAUAGCCUGCGGAAACGUCUUUGAUGGGAGCCCCGCUGCUUGUUUGCUGUCACCAGGGUCCCAGUGUGAGCCUAGCCAGGGUAGGAGUCUGCAAGCCUGUCUAGCCGCUGUGGCAGAGAGUGGCUGCAAAGGGGAGGAAGGGGUGUGCAGGGCCUAUUCAGACCGACCUGUCCCCUGCCCUUC